AUGGAAGCUUCAGGAUUUAUGAGCAGAGUCUCCACUCUCCACACCCCAUUUUCAAAAUUAGCCGCCUUCAAAACUGUCCAUCCCAUUUUCAUCCCAAGAGUCAACCUAAGCUCCCUUUUGCAAAAACAGUGUUGGAUAAAAUCUGUGAAAAGUGUUAACACCGGUGACAAGGACCUCGUACCGGUUGAAACUGGGGAUUACGACAGCGAUGAUGAUGAUGAUGAUGACAUGGCUGAGGAUGUUUCAGAAAAGGAAAAGGGCUCGAGCGCUCCUAAUCCAAGUUGGGAGGCGGUGUUUCUUGGUGAGGUAGACCCAAAUGGGUCUUUGCCCUCUGCGAAAAAGAAAAAAAUGCCUAAAUCUAGUCUACUGGCAGAAACCGAUAAAAUGGAUUGGUGCGUAAGAGCUAGGAAGGUCGCUCUGAAGUCUAUCAAGGACAGAGGAUUGUCCUCGAGAUUGGAGAGGAUGGUUACUGGUGGUGACAAGAAGAAGAAGAAGAAGAAGAAAAAGAAGAAGAAAAAGCUAGCCAAAAUCGAGAAAGUAGUGGAUGAUGAAGAUGAACUCGAUGAUGAGGACAUUGUGCAUAUUACAGAUUUGGAUAUUGGGGAUGAUGAUUUAUUUGAUGUGGGUUCUUCGGACAAGACGAGCCACCUUAGAAAAUCAGUGAGUAUGAUGGCUGGAGGGAUGUUCCAAGAAAGGACUGAAAAAUCCAUGGAAACAUUCGUCCAACGGCUUUCGCAGUUUUCGGGCCCUUCGGACCGUAGGAAAGAGGUUAACUUGAACAAGUCCAUUGUCGAGGCUCAAACUGCCGAACAAGUUUUGGAGGUUACAGGCGAGGUGAUAAUGGCCGUGGCAAAAGGGCUCAGCCCCUCGCCUCUUUCGCCUUUGAACAUUGCCACUGCUUUGCAUAGGAUAGCUAAAAACAUGGAGAAAGUGUCGAUGGUGAAAUCACAUAGGCUGGCUUUUGCACGGCAAAGAGAGAUGUGUAUGCUUGUGGGGAUGGCAAUGGCCUGUUUGCCCGAGUGCUCUGCUCAGGGAAUCUCGAAUAUUGCGUGGGCUUUGUCCAAGAUUGGCGGCGAGCUUCUAUAUAUGUCGGAAAUGGAUAGGGUGGCUGAGGUGGCUUUGACGAAAGUAGACGAGUUCAAUUCUCAGAAUGUCGCGAAUUUGGCGGGAGCUUUUGCUUCAAUGCAGCAUUCGGCUCCGCAACUCUUUCAGGAGUUACCAAAGAGGGCCUCGAGUAUAAUUCAGAGUUUUCGGGAGCAAGAAAUCACGCAACUGUUGUGGGCUUUUGCUUCUCUGCACGAGACUGCGGAUCCUGUACUGGAUUCUCUGGAUAAUUUAUUUACGGAGGUGAAGCAACUCAAAUGUAAUGAAAAAUCAAAUCCUGAUGAUGAGAGAGAUGAGGAAAGCUGUGAAAAUGGUGAACUUGGAGAAUUUUCAGACCCGGGUACACUCGUAUUUUCCAGGGACCAACUGGGGAAUAUGUCUUGGUCUUAUGCAGUUUUGGGGCAAUUGGAUCGUGUCUCUUUCGCUUGUGUCUGGAAAACUUUGAGCUGCUUUGACAAGCAGAAGUUGUCCGAGCAGUACCGAGGAGAUGUUAGUUUUGCUUCUCAGCUUCACCUGGUGAACCAGUGCUUGAAACUUGAGCACCCUCAUCUUCUGUUAGCAUUGACGGAUGAACUGGAGACCAGCAUUAAUAGUGCUUGGAAAACGAAAAAGUUUAAUCAGAAAGUGACAUCUUCAUUUCAGAAGGAGGUGUACCGUUUGCUGGUUAGUACUGGGCUUGAUUGGGUCAAGGAAUAUACUGUUGAGGGCUACACUUUGGAUGCGGUCUUGAUUGACAAGAAAGUUGCUUUGGAGAUUGAUGGGCCAACCCAUUUUUCAAGAAAUUCUGGAGUUCCUCUAGGGCAUACUAUGCUAAAACGUCGUUAUAUUACUGCAGCUGGGUGGAAGCUCAUGUCCGUGAUUCAUCAAGAAUGGGAGGAACUUCAAGGUGAAUUUGAGCAGUUGGACUAUCUCAGAAGGAUACUCGAUGCCGGCAUUGGUGUAGGAACUGGGGAAGGUGCCUCUUUAAAAUAG